GGUCCCGCUGCGGGGGUCCCAGACGCCGAGCAGGUGGGCAGCGUGGGGCUCGUGGAGAUGCUGCACCGCUCCAACCUGCUGGCCAUCGUGGGGGGCGGCAGCCAGCCCAAGUUCCCCGACGCCUCAGGGAUGGCUCGAGGUGGCACUGGUGGCACUGGUGUCCCUGUGUCCCUGUGUCCCUGUCCCAGGCUGGUGGUGGCCCUGCAGAGCCGCCUGUACGUGUUCUCCUUCCCCCACCGGCCCACCAAGCUCUUCGAGUUCGACACCCGCGACAACCCCAAAGGGAUCGUGGAUCUGUGUCCCAGUUUGGAGCGCGCCCUGCUGGUGUUCCCGGGGCACAAGUGCGGCAGCCUGCAGCUGGUGGUGAGCUGCACCCAGAGCCGCGCGCGCCUGCUGGAGCUGCGCCGGGGCACCGACCCCGCCACGCUCUACUGCCUGGCCUUCAGCCCCGACUGCUCCUUCCUGUGCGCGGCCAGCGACAAAGGCACGGGGCACGUCUUCGCGCUGCGGGACACGCGCCUCAACCGGCGCUCGGCGCUGGCGCGCGUGGGCAAGGUGGGCCCGGUGCUCGGCCCCUACGUGGAGUCCCAGUGGUCCCUGGCGAGCUUCACCAUCCCGGCCGAGGCGCCCGGCGUGUGCGCCUUCGGCAGGGCCGGCCGCAGCCCCAGCUCCGUCAUCGGUGAGAGGCGCCCCAAAACACCCUGAGGGACCCCUAAACAAC